CCUGACCUCAAGUGAUCCGCCUGCCUUGGCCUCGCAAAGUGCUGGGAUUACAGGCCUGAGCCACCACACCCGGCCAACACUGGGAUCUUGUAGACUGUGCUAUUCAUUCAGGGUAUUCCCAAUGAGUACCUUGCUGAACCCUAACAACAAACUUCUAGAUGUGAGCCUCAAGACAUAGGGACUGAAGGUGACACUGGCAUAUGUAGGCAGGCCAGACAUGCUGCAAAGCUGGGCACCCACCCCACCUUACCCUCUUUUCAUCAAGAGUAUAUAACUUCCUACUGAGCACUGUUUUGAGAACUCACUGUGCUAAGUUGUUUUUGUACAGUAUCCCAUUUAAAACUCAGUCCUAUGGUGUAACUACUGUUUCCCCAUCUCACAGGUGCUUCCAGAGGUUAAUUCCAUAGCUGUUAAGGGGUACAACACGUCCUACUGCCUGCAACUCCCUCCCGUGGGCCUCUGUCUCAGAUCCAGCUACCAUUCAGACUCAAGAUCCCUGCAGGCUACACUGGGCAUGGCAUUUACUUUGAAGGCUGUCAGACAGGAAACGGCCUGGCUGCAGGGCAGCGGGAAGCAGCCUUCUUCAGGGGAGGAGGGUAGUCCUCGCAGAGCCUCCAGUCAUCUAUCGGUCAUGGGAGUUAUUCUCCUUGGUUGCCCAGGUGACAGCUCAGGUACAAAGGAAUGAGAUACAUGAGGGAGAAGGGGGUUGGUUCACUGUGGCUUAGAGGCAUCAUUCCCCAAAGGAGCUCCUAUCUCUUUGAACAACUCAAGAGGCACAGCUUUCACGGACCCCAAAAGCCACAUACGCAACUGAGUCAUUACACACAGGAAGCCCAACAUUAUGGCUUUUUAACAAGUGUUUAUAGUUCACACAGAAAACUUCAAGUGCAGAUAAUUUACAAUUCGGAAUCAUGUUUACCAUAAGUAGUGCUGCACUGAAACAGCUGACAUACUUUUAUCUGGUUUCCAGACAAAACUAGAAAGGUAACCAGAUGUCAAGUUCUGCAGGAAGGGAGAGGAUUAUUCACACUGCCGUAACCUCUGGGGUCAAAACUAAAUGUUGUUUAAGAAAAAAAAAAAAAACCCUCAACUUUGGAAAUUGUUUCAAAAGCCAAGCCUUCUAAUAGUGACCCAGAAUCAUUAGCAGCACUCGCACUGGCCUCAGACUCAGCGCACACAUGCUGCAGUGUUGGAGAGACCGCUCCAUGAACCCCAGCAGUCCAGUAGCCCACCAGGUGGAAAGGCACAGGUGACAGAGGUCUCGUGGCACCAGCUUCAUGUGCUCACCCUCAGUGCUCGGACAGGGAGAUGAUACUGACUUUGUGCUGAGCUCAGGAGGGAAACACCAAACACCUGGGGAGGCAACAGAGCUCUAGGCCCCACCUAAGGCCGAAUCCACGGGAGGGCAGGGCAUUUUUCUGGAACACUCUGCCCUCCCCAGCCAUGGCUCCUCCCUGCCUCCUGGCCGUGGACUGCAUUGUCCAGUCACUCUUUGUGAGGGUCUUGUGGGACUCCCUAAGAUCGAUCCCUGAGGUGUAGCACUGGUGGGCCAAACGGACACACCGUUCUUGCCUCACACUGGUGCUACACUCCCUCGCUGGGAACAGCCUGAAGGUGAAUCCCUCCUUCUUUACCACCAAAACGAAAAGUGUGGGAAACCUUGAGAAAAGGGUCCCGACACUUCUUCCCUCAGCAGCCCUCAGCUUUUUGCAGCCUCUUUACCUAAGUACCCUGCGUCACUGGACAUGGUCUUGCCACCACAUUCCAUCAGGGCAGCACCACAGCUUCCAGCCUCCAGCCCAGGGGCAGUCACAGCUGAGCAUCAGAACUGUGGCUCUGUGCAGUGCCAAAGCGACCGCAGGUGCCCACAGAGGCUGGCAGCCCACAGUACCCAGGGCACAGACACUAGGAUGGAGCCACUCAAGUCAGAGAUACUCUGCAGUAGCUGGAGCUGGGCCCUGUCAGAAGCCAGGUGGAGAUCCUCAGGCUGAAGGCAGCACGCCAGCAGAGGGCUUGAGACCAAGGCAGGCUGGAGUGAUGUGGGUCCCAGGACCUGGAAAGCUGUGUCUGUAACUCCCCUCCCCAGAGUUCACUCUUCUUGAUCAUCCUUGUUCUCUCCUGCACCUGGCUGGGCUUAUUCCUCUUCCCUAUCCCUCUGCCCCUUGACUAACCUUCCUGGGCAAACAGCACAGACUGUGACAUGGGAGCUGGAAGAGGGGAUGGCAUCCCUGCUGUGGGCUCAGGUAUUGUGGCCAUGUGGGCCACCCAGUGGACACUGUCCAGAUAACACGAAAAGAGGCCGUCCACAGUGGCUCAGCUCUCUGACCCUCAUCUUUGGGCCCCACCUCACAUUCAUAAAGAGGCUUAAAUUCUAGGGUUUUUUCCCUUCAGUUCAAGAUGAGGUUUGUCAGUGAGGUCACAGACAUCCAGCAAGAGGGUUAGCGGGGCUGCUUAUCCCCCAGCUCGGAACCCACCACCCCGAGCUGCCUGCAGAGGACCUAUACUUUCUAAUACUAUGACCCAAUACUAGAGAGCCAGAGACACCGUAAAUAACCGUUAUCUUAUAUUUAUGUAUUUAAAAGAUGGUUUAUAAAUGUAUUUAGUGCUUACCAUGAAAGACAAUUUUUACCCCCAUCUCCAAAACGAAGUAGAACUGAUAUUCAGCUCACAGAAGGCUGUUAAAGGCGCCAGAGAAAUACGUGAUGCCGUGGCUUAAAGAGACUGCCAGGAAGAGUGGGGAAAGCUUCUGCACGGAAGUCAAUUUGGGAAAUGUCAUACAGAUCAGCCACCCAAUGGCAAGGCCUCUAGAUCUCCUGUCUUCCCACAGGCCCUGUGUCUUGCUCAGUCCACCUGACUGCUUUCCCAUCCUAGGCCUCAGGAGCCGGGACACUCCCUGAGUCCUCUGGGAGCCCUUAAGCCACACUGAAAACACAGCCCCUGGGAGCAGCAGCCGGCAGCGAGGAACCCUGGAGCCCCUUCCCGGGGAGAGCCUUCCCAUGACCCCCAUGCAGAGAUCGGUGCAAACACAGGUGUCAGAGCCCUUCACGGAGUGCUGGGGUGAGGAGUCCCUGCCGGAGCUCCCCGCAGAGCAGUCCCUGACCGAGUACUCUGACCUCGAGGAGGCUCCGUCGGCGCACACUCUCUAUGUGGGCCAUCUGAACCCCCAGUUCUCAGUGCCGGUGCUCGCCUGCCUGCUGCGAGACACCCUGGAGCGGCUGGAGAUGCCGGUGGCACGGGAGCACAUCGAGGUGGUGAGGCGGCCGCGGAAGGCCUAUGCACUGGUGCAGGUGACUGUCCGCAGGGACACCCUGGCCUCCCUCCCCUGGCGCCUGCAGACGGCCCUGGAGGAGCACCUAAUCCUCAAGGAGCUGGCAGCCCGUGGGAAGGAGCUGCUAUUGAGUGAGGCCCAAGGGCCCUUCAGCCACAGAGAGGAGGAGGAGGAGGAGGACAGUGGCCUGAGCCCCGGCCCCAGCCCAGGCCCUGGUGUCCCGCUGCCGGCCUGGCCUACACACACACUGCCUGAUAGGCCCCAGGCCUGGAAGCUGCAGAGCUGCCAGGGCCGGCCCAGUGGUGUGUGCUCUGACAGUGCCAUUGUGCACCAAGGGAUCGUGGGCAAGGACCAGCUCUUCCAGGGUGCCUUCCUGGGCAGCGAGACCCGCAACAUGGAGUUCAAGCGGGGCAGCGGGGAGUACCUGAGCCUGGCCUUCAAGCACCACGUGCGGCGCUAUGUGUGCGCCUUCCUCAACAGCGAAGGCGGCAGCCUGCUCGUGGGAGUGGAGGACAGCGGCCUGGUGCGGGGCAUCCACUGCAGCCACCGUGAUGAGGACCGCGCACGCCUGCUGGUGGACUCUAUCCUGCAGGGCUUCAAGCCUCAGGUCUUUCCUGAUGCCUACACUCUGACCUUUGUCCCUGUGAUCAGCACCUCGGAGACCAGCGUCCCCCUCAAGGUGAUCCGCCUGACCGUGCACACCCCCAAGGCCCAGAGCCAGCCGCAACUCUACCAGACAGACCAGGGGGAGGUGUUUCUGCGGCGCGACGGGAGCAUCCAGGGCCCGUUGUCCGCCAGCGCCAUCCAGGAGUGGUGCAGGCAGAGGUGGCUGGUGGAGCUGGGCAAGCUGGAGGAGAGGGUGAAGGUGCUGACGAUGGAGAAGGAGCAGCUCCAGCAGCAGCUGCAGCAGCACGGGCCUAUGUCCUGCACCUGCUGUGUCCUGUGAGGGCCCUGGAGAGCAAGCAGGAUGGCGCGGCGCUCUCCACCUGAGACCCAGGAAUUUCCUGUUUGAGCCUAAGGCCGACCCAGUAAAGCCCAUGCAGGCUGCUGAGAGGCGGACAGGGGCUCCUUCAACAUGACACAUGAGCCCAUGUGGCUUCAACCCUGACAGCCCCCAGUCUGUGUAGCCAAGAAAUUGCUCUCAGCCCUGUCCCCAAACGACCUUUCUUUUAGAAAGAACGUGGAUUGUCCCUCUCCCUGAAACGCUCAUUUGGCCCAGGCUGAGGCCUGUGACUCCAGCUGGCUGGACAGUGCCAGAAGGGAAUCUGUCGUUCCAGGAAAGCCCCUCACAGAUGGUGAGGCAUAUUUGGUGACUGUGGUUAUAGGGCAAGAGGCUACCCUGCAGCCCCUACCCCUGACUUGCUGGAACUUGUGAUUGUCAAAGCUCCGUUAAUAAAUUACAUGCACCUGGGA